AUGAUAUCCACAGUUUUCCUCUCUCUUUCCACCCUCCUGAUACAGCCUGUACUCGCUGGUCCAUUUCCCAAAGACGAUCUACACGAUACUCUCAGCUACGGAUUCAUACAAGAUCGAAGCUGCGCAUCGUACUGCGGCGUCGAGAACGAGCACUGCUGCUCCGACGGCGAGGUCUGCACCACGUCAGACAAUGUUGCUGGCUGCACCGCGGCGGCUCCUCUGUUGGUCAGGGAUGGCUCUAGCUGGGCUGUCUACACCACGACAUGGACCGAGACCGAGACCUUUACGAGCACCAUCUCCAGCGCCUGGGCUGCGUCAACUGCGGCCGCCGGUGGCACCUGCACGCCCCCAGCCGGCUCGGGCGAGAUAGCCUGUGGUUCCAUCUGCUGCGCCAACUGGCAGUACUGUGCUUAUGACGGUCACACCAGCACGGCGACGGCCCUCAGCGCUUCCACAACAGGCUCCGGAAACGGCACGGCUCUGGCUACCACGGGCGGCUCCAGCCUCAGCGGCGGUGCCAUCGCUGGCAUCGUCAUUGGCGUGCUGGCUGGUGUGGUCAUCCUGCUGGGCAUCUGCGCCUGUUGCAUAAUGCGCGGGCUGUGGCAUGGCCUCCUCGCCCUAUUGGGCCUGGGCCCUAGGAAGGACAAGCGUGAUCGCUCUCGCGAGACGGUCAUUGUCGAGGAGGAGCGCUAUAGCCGCCACGGAGCGGCGCCCGUCAGGACCUCGAGUCAUGUGGACCGGGAUCGCCACAGCUCUUGGUUCGCAAACCGUCCGGCCCGCUCGGCUGCUGGGGAGAGCAGGCGCAUUUCCGAGAAGAAGGAGUCGAACCAGACCAGCUGGUGGACGGCAGGUGCCCUGGGCACACUGCUAGUGUUGCUGGGUCUGCGGCGGGACAAGAAGCGGCGACAGUCGACGGCAAAACGCUCCUCCCGCGCGGCGAGGAGCGAGGUCAGCUCGAGCUACUUCUCGGACUCGUACACAGCCAGCAGCCCAAGUGAGUUCUCCUCCGAUUACACGCUCCGCGAGCUCUGGUGGUAGGACAAGAGAUACGCGUCGCAGCCACAGAACAGAGACGACGCGCAUAUCACGCGCGGCGUCGCGGCGAUGAGCAUAACAUAAGUGGCUGGCCUUCUUAAAGGCCGUCCCCUUUUUGUUCAUUCUUCCCACCACCAAUAACAACACAACACGAAGAAUCACAAUACCAAACAAACACUACCUGCAUCACCUUCCCCCCCAUGUCUUUCUUCAAGAGCCAUCCCAAGAAGCUUUGCUUCUCCGACCUUCCGUCCGUCUCCUCCUCCCGAGGGCGACCCGAACCUCUUCCGCUGAGGGGAAAAGAAGAUCAAGAGCUCUUAUCUGGACACCGCCACGAGAAAACCUCAACCUUCAACAUUCAGCAAGAGUUGAUAAUGUCAGUCGUGUGAUCAGACUGUGCUCAGGCCUCAUGGGAUAUGGGGCUUGGGACUUGCAGUCAUUUCUGUCUGUCAGGUACCAAACCCAGUUGCGCGUUACACCUCAGUACUUGCGAAUUCUAUCCACAACUUUUGUUCUCUUUUGGGGUCGCCUUCUUGGUACCUAAAGAUGAUUCUGGCGUCCAAGAAUGGAUUUCAUUUGGGGUGCGCAUGACUAGAAGACCUGCUUGCGAGAGACUCUCAUUUGAGGCGCAAGGCGAGGAAGGAAGAUGGAGACAUCAUGAGCAUACAGCCGAGACCUUGACGAGUCAGACGCAAGACAGUGGUGUCAAUGAAAAAAUUGACCAUCUGGCGGGAGGCAAAGGGGGUGGGGUGGUUCUCAUCAAACUCUCUGUACUGUUACAUAGGAAAGGGCUUCUCGUCUGGGCGUUUAAGGGAUGAGUUCCAGGCCUCAGGCCACGUUAGGUAUUCGUGCCAUGAUGAAAAUGAAGAGCAUAAUAAAGCAAUGAGCUCGAAAAGAGGAGCUUCACAAGCC